AUGUCAUCAAAAUAUGCCGAGGCCUCAUUUUCCAGCGCACUGAUCUCUUCAGGAUUCUGCAAAACUCAGCCGUGCAUGCCCGUCAUCAUGUCCUCUGUGCGUCUGCCCGUCCGACACUACGAGGCCUGGACUGAGCGUGUUUAUGAUGUGCAGGAAUUUGAUGUCACUCCACAAACCCUACCGGCAAUCUGUAAACCAGACUGUCCCAUCAACCAGCCACAUGGCGCUUGUCGGUAA